UUUGUCCAACAGGGUUCGCACUUCCACUGUCUCUGUCGUGAACCGGAACAGUAUGAUUGUUUUAACCUUGGCAAAAUGCACACACAUUUGCUGUAUGUGUGAACUGCACACGAACAGUGGGCUGCAGCCGAUUAUUAUUUGACAUUCAAAUGAAAAAUAAUAAAUGUUCCUGUAAAUUUACAGGGUUUCUGACUAUUGUUCACACACCGGGGAAACAUGAAGCAAGACGUCAGGAUACUUUUACUGGGGGAACCAAAGGUAGGGAAGACCUCGCUCAUCAUGUCUUUGGUGGGAGAAGAGUUUCCAGAUGAGGUUCCCCUCAGAGCUGAAGAAAUCACCAUCCCUGCCGACGUGACUCCAGAGAAGGUGCCCACACACAUAGUGGACUACUCAGAAACGGAGCAGAGCGAUGCCAUCCUCAGGAAAGAGAUCACCAAAGCUAAUGUGGUGUGUGUGGUGUAUGAUGUUACCAACGAGGACACGAUAGAAAAGAUCAAAACCAAGUGGAUCCCUAUGGUAAACGGAGAUGCAGAAAAGGGGAAGAAAAUUCCCAUCAUCCUCGUGGGAAACAAAUCCGACCUGCGAUGUGGCAGCUCCAUGGAAACCAUACUUCCCAUCAUGAACCAGUUCUCGGAGAUUGAGACGUGUGUUGAGUGUUCUGCAAAGAACCUGAAAAACAUCUCAGAGCUAUUCUACUACGCACAGAAGGCCGUCCUUCACCCCACCGCUCCUCUCUAUGACCCCGAAGACAAACAGCUAAAACCGCUGUGUGUCCGGGCCCUGAGCCGAGUCUUUUACAUUUCUGACCAGGACAACGACCGAAUCCUCAGUGACACUGAACUCAACAGAUUUCAGAAAUCUUGUUUUGGAAACCCCUUGGCCCCUCAAGCCUUGGAAGAUGUGAAAACUGUUGUGUGGAAGAACACCAGCGACGGGGUUCAAGACAACGGCCUGACUUUAAAUGGUUUCUUGUUUCUUAAUACAUUAUUUAUCCAGAGGGGGCGCCACGAAACCACGUGGACCAUCCUCAGGAAGUUUGGUUAUGACGACAGCCUUGAACUGACGGAUGAUCACCUCCACCCUGAGAUCAACAUUCCUGUGGGCUGCACAACAGAACUCAGUAUCGCUGGCCUGCAGUUCCUCCAGCAGCUGUUUGCCAAGUAUGAUGAAGACAAAGAUUCGGCCCUGUCCCCGGCAGAACUUAAAAACCUCUUCUGUGUGUGUCCUUCCACGCCCUGGGGGCCUGAGGUCUACGUGACGGUGCCGACCACAGACCAGGGCUACAUCUCCAGACAUGGCUACCUCUGUCAGUGGAUGCUUACUGCUUAUGUUAACAUCCACCGUUGCCUGGAACUCCUAGGAUACCUGGGUUAUACCAUCCUCACUGAAGAGGAGUCACAGACCUCUGCAGUCACAGUGACCCGGAGCAAACAGGUUGACCUGGAGAAGUGCCAGACCCAUCGUUCAGUGUUUCUUUGCAAAGUGAUUGGACCAAAAGGGACAGGAAAGAGCUCCUUCCUUCAGUCCUUUCUGGCUCAUAAUUCUGCGGACUCAGAGAAAGAAACAUCCAGCAGUGCCUUCUCCCCAUACGCCAUAAACACUGUUCAAGUCAACAAUCAGGAAAAGUUUCUAAUUCUCAGUGAGGUGGAUGUUGAAGCAGAGUUCCUGAAGGCAUCAGACGCCUCCUGUGAUGUGGCAUGUCUCAUGUACGACCACAAUGACCCACAUUCCUUCGACUAUUGUGCCAGUAUAUACAAGCAACACUACAUGGAGAGCAAAAUCCCAUGUGUGGUUGUCGCUUCCAAAGCGGACCUCGCUGAAGUAAAGCAGUUUCAUGGCACGACUCCAGCAGAGUUUUGCUAUAAACACCGUCUGCCUCCACCGCUGCCUUUCUCCACCAUCCUCCCCAACUCUACCAGCAAGAACAUCUACACCAGACUGGCCAAGGCAGCAGUGUACCCGCACCUGAAUGGUUCAGAGAUGAGCAGCACGUCCUUCUGGCUGAGAGUAGCUCUGGGCUCCGCUGUUGUCGCUGUCCUGGGGUUCACUGUGUACAGAGCUGUUGUAAGACUGAAAUGAUUUAACAACCAGCUUUGCUUUUAUUUGCUUAUAUUACUUUGGGUUUUUUUCUCUUUUCCCCAAUCUGGUGCGUCUUGCUCCCAUAGAGACCAAAACCUCAAGAGACCAGAUCUAGAACCACUGCAGCCAGGUUCAUUUUUCUUUUCUUCAUAAAGACUUCCAGGACUCUUCUUUACAGCCUCUGCUCAUCCUUUCCUGUGACCUUACUUCCUCCGGCCUGGGUCAGAAUUAAUUCAAGUUAUUUAGAAGCUAGUGUUAAAGUUUAUGUUGUCUGCCUUAUGGUGUGAAAGACAGACCAAAUAGCGGUUCACCUUCCUACUCAAGGUACAUUGACUGACCAAAACAAAAAUGAACAAACUAUACAGUUAAUGUCCAAAAAGUAAUAUUUAAGAAGAGAAGACUUUUUUUUGUCCUAAAAUAUCUGCAGUUGUUGCUGGUGAGAAUGUGGGAGUUUUCAUAUUUCUACAGUGUUAUUCAAACACAUCAUGGCUAAUAUAAAUCUGAAGGCAGCUCAGGACAGUAGUUAGCUGCCAUAGAAAAUCACAGUGUUCACCUUUCUUUUUGUUCAAACUAAGGGCAAGGAUAUUAUGUCUGAUUCACCGAAUGAACAGCAAUCAGUGGUCGUAGCAUGCCGUAGACAUUUUAAUUCAAAAUAAUGUUUCUGAUUCAGAUGUAACUUUCACAAUAGUUCUCCACUGAUCUGCUGCUGUGGGAGAUGUUUUUCUUUGUGCAUGAAGAAAAAAAGGCAAAAAUAUUUGUUUCCUAUGGUAAAGUAAAUUUGAAAAAAAGAAAUGACAGAAAGACAAAGGGGGGGGGGGUCUGCUAAAAUGUAUUAAAAUCUAUUCACCUUGAAAUCAUAAUUAAUUUUACUUGAGACUGAACCUGACAGGUAAACUAUUUUUUGCUCUUCAAAUCCUACGCCACACAGUGUGAACAUUGUUAAAAAUUCCCCUUUGUAUUUUGACUUCUUGUUGAAAUCUAUUUUGCUGAUAAAUUCAUCUCGGAGAUACAAGGUCCUUGUGGGAUCUCUGACCUUUGAGAUGGGACCGUUUUCUUUGCAAAUGAACUGAUUUAGAUGCUUAAUAAUAAAAAAAAAAGCCAGACCCGGUUUCUGGCUAAAACACUGGUAAUUCUCAGUGUUUUUAUGUUGUUUUUAUUCUUUCUACCUCUGAUGUUUUAACGCUCCUGGUGAAACACCAUCAAGUUUCUUUUCCAGGUUCUGUGUAAGGAAGCCUGGAUGUGGUGCUGAGCUCCAGGGCUCUUGUGCAGAACAUAGAAUCAUAUGUUAUGCUCUUGCCUGCGGGGCUUGAAUGUUGUAGCUGAAGGAAGCCUGCCUGCCAUGUAGAAGGUCCUGGGUUUGUUACAACCUGUGUUGAAAUCUAAAAUAUCAUUGUCUAAUCUGUGACAUAUUUUGAAAUGCAUUACAAUAUCCAUAUAAGUUGUGGCAGCUUGUGGUUUAGUUUUUGAAAGUUUGGCUUGGACCCCUUAAAAGUACUGCUCCUGUGUAUACAGGGUGAAACAAUUUAGUGGCGUAAUUCAUAGUGUAUAAAAAAAAUGAUAACUCCCUUUGUAGCAGCAGCUUUGACCUUUGACCUCUUGCGGGUCACACGUCAGUACAAGAAAACGCAUCCUGACUUGUGGUGACAUUGUACUCUACUGAUAGAGAGACAGAAGCAAUCAUUUUUAUGAGGUUGGGUUUGACUUUGUUUUUCCAAACGGGAGCAAUCGCCAAGUUCCUCGAAAUGGCCACAAGAUGGCGGUAUUAGCCCACUUCUGAGUUAGGAGGCGGGACUGUGAGACAGUGAUGGGUGUGUCCGGCUACUGUGGAGCAACUGAGGAUUAUUGAUGCUGAGGUUUUGAAUAGAUAGAGUUGAUAGAGUGAUGGUGAUAUUUAAUGAUGAUGUGUGACAAUAAUUAAAGAACCAGUUCAGUCUUCAGGAACAAA